CAAUCGCUUCGUAAUGUUUGGGAAACCACCUUCUCCCUGGUCUCCUACAAGCCACAUAAAUUAUAAAUUCUUCGUCCCCAAAAAAUACUCGAUCCGAUUCCCAACAAAUUCAGGUUCUCUCGUUAUCCUUUGCUGUAAAUAGCCCCUGAUUUCGAUCAACGGGGUAUUUCCUCAAUUAGGGUUUCUGGGGUUGUCAUAAAUUUGGGGAUUUGUAAUAUUUUAGCUUAAAGAUAGGAUCUUUGUGGCAGAAGCCUGUUUCUCUUUAUAAAUCUUUCCCCCCCUUUUCACGACUGUCCAGAAUAAUUGAUACAGUAGUUGGUUAUCCCUCCCUCAAAAGAUAUUCUUUUUACUUUGUGGGCAUCGAAUCUUUUUAAGUUACCGUUUUUGUUAGAUUCCACAAUUAUUGAAGGUGCUAUAUAUUUCAUAUGAAUUGUUGAUUCCACAACGCUAGAGAUGAUUGAAUCAAUUGCUGCAACAUCCCUUUUAGGCUAUACUCCGGUUCUAGGGCCUUGUUUGAGAAAUGUUUCUGGGAAACAGUUUCCGAGAGUUGGAGUGAUUAAGGCCCAGGCGAUGGAGUUAGCAAAAGAACCCAAUCGGUAUACAGAAAGAGAGCGAUUUCCCGAUAGUUUAGAGGAUCUGAAACCGGCUUCCUGGCCACCUAAGAACAAGGCUGAUAACCCGUUGUUACAUAACCCGUUAGCCCGGCAAGAAAGAAUGGGUUGUGGUUGGUUAGGUGCAAUUUUUGAGUGGGAAGGAGUAUUGAUAGAAGAUAAUCCGGAUUUUGAAAAACAGGCAUGGCUUGCACUUGCAGAAGAAGAAGGCAAAUACCCGCCUCCGGCUUUUGUUCUUAAGAGAAUUCAAGGCAUGAAAAACGAGCAAGCGAUUUCAGAAGUUUUAUGUUGGUCAAGAGAUCCAUCUCAACUGAAACGAAUGGCUUCAAGGAAAGAAGAGAUUCACCAAGCUUUACAAGGUGGGGUUUAUAGGUUUCGUGAUGGGUCCCAUGAGUUUGUGAAUGUUUUAACCCGUCACAAGAUCCCAGUGGCUUUAGUCUCGAUCCGCCCACGAAAGAAUCUUGAGGAAGCAAUUGUGGCGAUUGGAAUCGAAGGUGUUUUUAAUGUUGUGGUGACGGCAGAUGAUGUUUAUAGAGGGAAACCUGAUCCGGAAAUGUUUGUUUAUGCAGCUCAGCUUUUGCAGUUCAUACCCGAAAGGUGUAUUGUGUUUGGGAAUUCGAAUCUAACAAUAGAAGCAGCUCAUGAUGCUAAAAUGAAGUGUGUGGCUGUAGCUAGUAAGCAUCCUGUUUAUGAGCUUACUGCUGCUGAUUUGGUGGUCAGACAGCUUGACGAACUGUCGGUUGUUGACUUAAAGAAUCUUGCUGAUAUUGAGUUGACUGAGUUUGGGUCAACGCCUGAAUUGGAAAUGGAGGUUGAGGAAGAAGAUGAUCAACUCCCACCUCCAUCAGCAGCCAUUGAUGAUGGUUUCUGGUAACUAUGUAACUUGGUAUAGUAGUUUAUUGUUAAAAUCCAAAUUGGCAAUGACCAGUGUAUAAAUAUGAAUUUUGGAAACCUGAAUUUAGAAUGUAAAGAUAUGGAAAUGGGUGAUCUUGCUCUAUAUGGAUCUUUGAUAUAUGUAUAGAAAGUUACUUUGGGUUAUCAAAGAUGGUCUUUGAAAUGUUCAGUAUUUAUAUUCACCAAUGAAAUUGUCUUCCACUAA